CUCAAAGUUUUAAAACAAAUUCAAAGUCUGCUGACGAAUCACUUUUUUAAAGCAAAGUUUGCUUACAAAAUAUCAAACCUCGGAGUGAGUCAGUGAGGUGCAAGGUAGCUAAACACAUUUGCUAGCAACAUGAAUUACAGACUUCAAGUGAUAUUGAUUGUUAUGGCAGCUUUGAUGCAUCGCUUCCAUUCAGUACAGUAAUGGAGGCAGUCAACAUGAAACAACGAUGGUACUUCCGCGUCGUAAUAUUUUUCUUACUUCUUCAUCAAAGCACAGCGAACAAUUUCAAGCCUCAUUUUACAACGAGCAGUGGAGUUAUAACAAUAAAAGAAGACGUUAAAGUCGGUUCGAUGGUGUUCGUUUUGAGUGCAAGCGACAACGAGAACGAUCCCAUGUACUUUAGUUUAGACUCAACGGGUCAAAGUUUAUUCAACGUUGGGUCUUUGAAUGCCGACCAAAAGUCGGUAAAUCUAACUCUGAAAACUAAACUAAACAGAGAGCUAACGUCAAAUUAUGAGUUCAAGGCUUUUGUAAGCGACAAACAAAAUGAUGAAACAAGACGGGGAGAAAAAACCUUCUUUGUCACUGUAAUCGAUGUCAAUGACAACAAACCAGUCUUUAUAACGCAACCUUAUAAGGUUUCCGUGCCGGAAAACAAAACGUUAAAUGCUCUAUUAAUAACCGUGUCUGCCAGGGAUGCUGAUGAAGCCGCUAAUGCUGCUGUACAAUAUAGAUUCAGCAACGACUCACGCUCAAAUAUUAAGCUUAUCACAUUAUGGAAGACUGAUAAAUUUACCAUUCACAACUUAAAUGGGAAAAUAACAUUAACAGGAGCUUUAGAUUACGAGACAGUACCAUCAUAUGCGCUGACUGUUGUUGCAGAGGGUACUUCAUUAGUKAAGGUCACUGCAAUCGAUGGCGAUAGAGGGGUAAACAAUGCCAUCAGAUACGAAAUAACUGGAGGUAACUCCUUUGGAUCGUUUGCAAUUAAUCCAGACACUGGUCUAAUAACAGUAAAUGGGAGUAUUGACGCUGAGAGAAUCAGAAGCUAUACACUUACUAUUCGGGUAAAUUCCAAAUCUCAAAUAUGAAUAUACAGCAUGYCAAGCGACGCCAUUUUUCGUGAUAAAGCAUGAU